CCCGUCCGGUGUGCAGUGCAGUCCCGUCGCACUUCUUCUUCUUCUUCCUCCCGAACCCAACCCCAACACGACCUCAGGUCACCACCACCCCCCCGAGAGACCUCGCCCAACAUGCUCACCCGCUUCAUCACCGACGUAUCAACGCGCUUCAACCCUUUCUCGGCCAAGGCCAAGGCCGCCCGGCUCUUCCUCUCCUUCCUCCCUCCCAACGCCCGCUCCAAUGGCAUGAACAUCACCACCCAGCUUCUGCCGCGGAAUUCCACCGAGACUCCUUUGCUCUAUGUCAAGUUCAAGGACGGCAAGGAAAUGAACCUCGACGUUGAGAACAUGGGCAUCAAAAGCAUUGUCGAGGAGGUGGAUCGCCACUCUCGUAUUCUUCAGAAGCAGGCCGACUUGAACGACGGUUGAACGAAUCUCUUGU